AACUUGGAGCUUUCUAGGAGUUACCCUAGAACGCUUCUAGGUCAGUAGUCUGUCCCUUAGGGUGCGCUUGCCUCUUUUCCUCGGUGGAGCUAAAGCCGUCCCUAAGCUCCUGGAGCGAUCAUCAGCGGGUAUCCUCCCCUGAUCUCCGAGCUUCGUGCCUUGGCGUCAGCACCACUGAUCGCCACUCAGCACCACUGAUCACCACUGAUCACCGCUUAGCACCCCUCAGACUUACCCAUCUCAUUCUGCCGUAUCCAGUCAUGCUGUCGCGAAGGCAGGCAUCAGGAUUCGCGCGGCUGCUCGCGUCGUCGGCGCCGCGUGUUCUCCCAUUGGUGGAUGCCCAUGGCACCUCAGCCGUCGCUAGCGCCAGCGAUUUGUCGCCGUCCGUCGCCAGCCGCAGUGCGACAUCGCUCGCUGUUCGGAGCAGCGUCGCUGCUCGCGGCCCUGGCGGUCGCUCCUCUGUCAGUGGCAUGGUCGCAACUGUCUUCGGCGCCACUGGCUUUUUGGGGAGAUACGUGGUGCAGCAGUUAGCCCGCGCUGGCUCCCAAGUGAUGGUGCCCUACCGCUGCCUGGAGGACGAGCACAGGCACCUCAAGCUGUGUGGCGACCUGGGGCAGGUUGUGCCCAUUCGUUUUGACGUGAGGAGUGAUGAGAGCAUUGCGGCCGCCAUUGCCAAGUCAAACGUGGUCAUUAACCUCAUUGGUCGGGACUUUGAAACUCGCAACUUCAGCUUUGAGGACAUCAACAUCUCAGCACCACAACGCAUUGCCAGGAUCGCGCAAGCGCACGGGGGCAUCGCCAGGAUGGUGCACCUCUCGUGCCUGGGCGCUGCGCCCCACGCGGCCUCCAGGCAGCACCAGAGCAAGGCGCUGGGCGAAGCUGCAGUGCUGGCUGAGUUCCCGCAGGCCACCAUCCUGAGGGCGGGCCCUCUGGCUGGUACGGAGGACCGGCUGCUCAACAGCUGGGCGAUCAUGGCAAAGAAGUUUCCGUUUGUACCCGUUAUAGCUGGAGGCAAGACUCUCAUUCAGCCGGUGCAUGUGUUAGACGUGGCAACGGCAGUCAACGCAACGGUUACUGAUGAUGGCAGCAGCUGCGGGCAAACAUACGAGCUGGGCGGCCCGGAGGUGCUGCCCAUUGUGGACCUGGUGCACCGUGUCCUUGAGACCAUCCGCCAGCACUCCUCCAUUCUCAGCAUCCCGUUUCCCGUCGCGCGGGCCCUCGCCACGCCCCGCGAGUUCCUGCUGCCCCGCGUGCCCACGCCCAUCCCCAGCCCCACCAUGUUCACCCUCGACUACAUCAACUCCCUCACAUACCCACACAUCGUGUCGCCCAACGCCCUCACCUUUGACGACCUUGGCAUCAUCCCCCAUCCCCUCAAGGGCCUCACCAUCGACUAUCUCUACGCUUACCGCAGCGGUGGGCCGCAGUACGGACAGACUGUGGGGGAGAAAGUUUCUGGCGCCGGCUUCUAGUUAUCAAAAUUCCGAUCCUACAUUUGCUUAGGAUGUGAUAUCGGGUGUAUUUGCAUGAUUUCCGUUAUUCAUGUGGAAUAAGCUGUUGAAAGUAAAAUCGCUUUCUUCCUUACCAAUCUAGAGUUGGUAAUGUCUUUCGUCAAAUGUCUUCAUAAGUUCAU